GUUUUUUCUGUUUGAAAUCUUUAUGUCGGUUAUUUUCGUGUCCGUGUUUAUUUUACAAAUCGCUUCAAAAUACCGAUACAGCGUGAUGUAAAAAUGUGGAGUGUGCAUUAUUUUCAAAUCUAAUUUCGCUGAUGAAGGAAUUAUUUGUGAAUUGAAAUUGGAACAUGAAACAAGAUGAGUGACAAUAUUAAAGUAGUUGUCAAAGUUAGACCUCUAAUUUCUCGGGAAGUUGAAGAGAAACUGAGCUAUCGAUGGCGCGUGAGGAACAAUACUCUGCAUCACCUCGACCAAUAUGGAAAAGAGACGGAUAUCUGCUUUACUUUUGACAAAGUUUAUGACAAAGAGACUAAAACUCGUGAAGUUUACGAUGAUGUUGCCAAGCCCAUUGUUGAGGCAGCUGUCCACGGAUUCAACGGCACAAUAUUUGCCUAUGGACAAACAUCCUCUGGUAAAACAUACACCAUGACGGGCACAGAAGAGGCCCCUGGGAUCAUACCACUAGCUGUGCUGCACCUAUUUGAGAAGAUCAAAACCAUUCCUGAUAGAGAUUUCUUAGUAAGAGUAUCAUACAUAGAAAUCUACAAUGAGACUCUAAAAGACUUGUUAAAUGUGGAGGAGAAGAAGAACAUAAAGAUCCACGAAACCCUUCAAGGGGUGAAGGUGGAUGUCAUGGAGCGGGUGACCGGAUCACCUGAAGAAGUGCUGGAAGCUAUGAGAGAGGGAGAAGUGAACAGACAAACUGGAGCAACCAAUAUGAAUGAAGAGAGUAGCAGAUCCCACUCAAUAUUCCAAAUUACUAUAGAAUCACGCGAGCACAUAGAAGGCGAAGAGGAAGUGGGCAGCGUGAACGUGUCUCAACUAAACCUGGUGGACUUGGCAGGGUCGGAGCGCGCGGGUCAGACCGGUGCCAGUGGGAUACGCUUCAAGGAGGGCACAUACAUCAACAAGUCCCUCUCUGUGCUCGCUCUCGUCAUCAAACAGCUCUCUGAGGCUAACAAAUACGCGAACUACCGUGACAGCAAGCUUACCCGCAUCCUGCAAAACUCACUGGGUGGGAACGCUAAGACGAGUAUCAUUUGUGCCAUCACCCCCGCCUCAGUUGAAGAAACUGUCUCUACACUGCAGUUUGCCAACCGUGCUAAAGCCAUAAAGAACAAGCCGGAGGUGAACGCUGUAGCGACUGACGCAACCAUGAUACAGAGCCUGACGAAGCAGCUGUCCCGCCUGCAAGCCGAGCUGGUCGCCAAGAGCAACCUCGAGGUGAUGCUCAAGAGCCAGAAGAAUGUCGAGCAAGAGCUACAGAAAAAGAUAGAAGAUCUACAGAAGCUCAUACUAAACGGGUUCGGUCAGAGGAGUAGUAUGGACAUCGUCGGCGCCCGUAGAAAGCCUCAACCCUUACGUCGAGUCACUAUAUCUACUCUACAUCAUAUAGAAGAAGAACCAGUACCACAAGUCCCUAAAUUCUGCACUCCUAGUCUUAAAUAUAAUCCACUAUCACUGUCAACUGAAUUCGUUCCGAUUCAAAACCCUGGAAAGCUGGCGUCGGUACCGGAAGAGGCACGCAUGACAACUCCGCCACCGCGCGACAAGAAGGUCAACAUUAACGACGAAAUCAUUGAAAUUGACAGUGACGAUGACACAGCUGCAGAUACGCAGCCGUGCUCUCCGUACCACAAUUGCUACCGCUCCUCUGAAACUCCACCGUGCAUCCUAAGGAAAAACGCUAAACAAGCUGAGAAGAACUUGAAAGACAUUGUAGAACUGACUAAAAGAGAAAAAAUAUACACUCCCACGGUGGUCGAACUAUUGGAGAAAUUAGAACAAAAUACAAAUGUCAUAACACAACUAGAAGAGGAAAUUAGUUCAUUGACUGCAGACGGCAAUAGUAAGGAGUCUAAAAUUAAAGAACUGAACGCCAGAAUCAAAAAGACCGAAGAUGAAGUGAAAAGUAUUACUUCGGCUAAGCUGGAAUUAGAAAGUAAAUGCAAAGAAUACGACACGCAAAUAACAGACUGGGAGGUAAGUUACGAGACUCUUAGGAACAAAACCAAAAGUAGAGAACAAGAACUGCUGUCGUUGCUUGAAGAACGGAAGACUAUGAAAAAGAAUGAAGAGAUAGGUAAAUUAGCAACGAUGGCCGAAAAAGACGUGUCAAACUUCAUGGACAUGUCUAAAGACAUAUCGUUAGUGAACAGUGAUAACGAGAGUAGUCUUACGCACACGAAUGAUGACGACGUGCCCUCUCAAGUGCAAGAACUCGUUACAGACAUACAAUCACAACUUGCGACUAAAAACCAAACGAUUCUAGAACUAGAAGCAAACCUCUUUACACAAAGGCAAAAAAUUGAAUCCCUAGAAACCUCUAGUCAACAACUCCAAGUCACGAUCGACGACUUCAAAAACAAACUGGCCAUUGUCGAGACGGAAAACUCCUUCCUCAAAUCCACAAUAGACUCUCUAAACGAAACUGUCGAAAGCCAAAAACGACAUUUGGAAUCAGCCGAUAAAGACAUACAAUCCUACAACAGCACUAUUCAAGAACUGCAAAUAAACUUGACUAAAAAGGAUAAUAUACUUAAUAUGAAAAUUAAUGAUAGUGUUUUGGAAAAUAUGGUAGCUAGUGAAGAGAAGUUUAUUGCCAACAAUGAUAACAUUAAAAACAUUAUUCACUCUUUCAAAAUUGCUCUCGAGAAUAGAAACAAAGAAAUUACUAACUUAAAAUCUACCAUGCAAACUAAUUUAGAACUCUCGUCUGACAACGCAACUUUAAAAGAAGAAUUAGAAGUCAAGGAAAAGCAAAUUAUAACUCUUAUAGAAGAAGCAGAAAAGUUCAAAGAGCAACUGUCAGACAAUAUUACUGUUAUAAAUAAUUUAAUGAAACUUGAAACAGAUUUGACUAGCCAGUUGUCUACUAUCCAAGAACAAUAUGAUUCAUUAAAUAAAAUAAAUGAGGAAAAUGAUGUUCAGAUUGACAGUUUACGCAAACGAAAUUUUGAAAACGAAAUCCAUAUACAGAAUCUAAAAACAAACUGUGACGAACUCACCCAGACAGUGAAAGAGAAGGAGGCUAAUGAACAAAAUAUGAUAAGUGAAAAUCAACAACUUUCAAGACAAAUAGAAAACAUGUGUCAAAAAAUAAGUGAAUUAGAAAAAGAUUUGAAUGAGAAAAACAUUUUAAUUACCGCCGCCAUCAAAACAGAUUCAGAUAAUCAGGAUUAUGCAAUAAGAGGUAAAGAAAUAAUAAACCUUUUAAAUGAAAUGUUAUCUAGCCUUGGCAGUAGUAUUGACAGCCUUCCUCAAACUGUUCCCAACGUUGAGACGGUUUUCAUAAUGUUAGAUGAGAAAAUUAAUAAUUUACAAACUCUGCUGGUGCAUGUUUUAGAAGAGAAAAAUAGAGCAAGUGAAGCUUUAUGCGAGUCAAAAGAGAAACUUUCAUUAAUGUCAGACACACACAAGUCAGAAAUAACACAAUUAGAAGAACAAGUUGAAACUUUAACUAACGAAAUCAUGAAACAAUCUGAAGAGUUAUCGCAGCAAAUCACACAAUUGACGGAAGAGGUCAAUAAACUUCGUUCAGAGUUGGAAAACAAGAAUAGAGAUACAUUAGAUCUAGAAAUAAAGCUUAAUGAUGCUAAGGAAAAUAAUAAAAAUCUACAUAAUGACCUAGCGUCAAAAGAAAACAAGAUAUCUUCACUACAAGAAAAUUUGUCUUUACUAUAUUCACAAUUGGAAACUUUGUCACGAGAUAAUGAUUCUGAAAUUAAAGCUUGGCAAAAAAAUAAAGAAUCAUUUGAACAAUUAGUACAAGAAAAAGAUACACAAAUUGCAGCAUUAGAAGAUAAGAUAUCUUCUAUUACAGCAACACUUAAAGAAAAAUAUACAGAUGUGAAUGCUGCUCUAAAGGAAUCCAUCGAUAACAGAGAUAAACUUAUGUUAGAAAUUUUGAAAAAAGCAUCUAAGUUAACACAUGACUAUUAUGAUGAGAAUGACGAUGAAAUCUACCGUGACAAUACUUAUGAGCAAAUAAUACUCACUUUAGACAAUGUUGCUAUGCAUAUUACAAAUCUAAAAACUGAAAAUGACGUUGAAAGAAAUGACAUAACAGAAUUAUUAUCAGUAGCUCGGAAACAAGUGGAAGAACUGACACAUAGAAAUGUGAAACUAAUAGGUGACUGUGAUGAGCUUAGUGCUAAAAACCAGCAAUUAAUGGUUGAAGUAGAAAGAAUUACCAACUUAAACAAAGAGUUACUAGGAUCCAGUCAACUGUUGAACCAGUUGAAUAUGGAGCUACAACUGAAAUCUAGUGAGAUAGAAGCUAUGCAGUGUAAAGUACUUGAAUGGAAAGACCAUUUUAAGAACUACGACUGUGUUAUGAAACAACAAAGUGAGCAUUUUGUAGCACAGAACGAUAAACUCAAAGAUAUUCAGAAUCGUGAAAAGACACAUCAGUAUGCGCUGUCAGAUGUUCGUGAGUCAAGCUCUUUUGAAACUUGUCAAAGUUUUGAUGAAAAUGAUCUAAAGUCGCCGCAGACGCUGCUCACAAUUUGUUGCAAUAGAAUAAUAGAAUCCAUACAAAGGAACGACAACUUAGAAUUAUUAACUCCAUCGACUUCAAAGUCAAGUAUUGAACUUCAAAACGCAGAAUCUCAAACAGACACUUGUGCGUAUAUUAGAUUGACCUUAGAAUUAAGUAAGACUAAAGGCGAAAAUCGAAAAUUGACUGAAGAAUUAGAGAAAUUGACGGAAGAAAACAAUAAUUUCGUAAAAGCUUUUAGAGAGCUAGAAUCAUCGCAAAAAUAUCUUCUUCAAGAAAGGGAAGAUGUUCGCAAGGAAAUCCAAUUACUUUUGGAACCAGCGCAAGAGUUACAGAAGAAGAUAUCCAACCACAAAACAAAUCUAUCAACAUUAACAGCUACUACAUACGCUGAGAAUAAGUUGCUUAAUUCUCAACUAAAAGUAUUGAAGCAUUACCAUACAAGGUACAUUCACGUAUGCCAACGGGAUUUGCCGGCGUUCAAAACGCAACUAAACGAGCUCAUGACAAUACUAAAAGGUAGCUUGCUUACCGAUAAACAAAACACCAGCUUCAAAAGAUACUCGCUUCCUGAUAUCCUCGAUAAAAACACAACGAUGUCCACUUUCAAAAAUGAAUCUAUUUUAGACGGUGACCUAUUAAUGUUAGACGCAAACAUGACUUUGACCACGUCAGCUGACAACACUCUCGUCGGCCACGACCAAACCUGCUUAGACGUGACCCAAAUAAACUUUGACGCUGAAGUAGCCUGUCAAACCAACGAAUUGAGUAAAGUGAUGGAUCCUUGUGUAGUAUUAUCUCAAAUGGAAACUCUUUCAAGCGACAAUCAAAAACUAUACGAGCAGAACCAAGCAUUAACGCAAGAAAACAUUACUUUAAAGGAAGAAAUCCAAAAACUUUCACUGCCAUCUACUUGUUACAAAGAUGCUCAGAGUAGUCCAAUUAAAAUGAACAGUAUGGAUACUCUACACGAAAGCUUUUGUAAAAAUUGCAAUGAUCUAAGAUUGAUGGAAGAAAAACUGACGAAAACUGUGAAAGAACUUUCUCAAGAAUUACAAGACAUAACUGGUCGAAAAGAAAUUAUAGAGCAAAAGUAUAAUAAUCUUACUCUUGAAAUACCAUCGUCUGAUGCUCUAGUGAAAAAACUAGGUAAUACAGAAAAAGAACUUAAAACAAAGAUCCAAGAAAAUGAGAAACUUUGUAGCGACCUUAAUAAAAAGAGUAGUACUAUUAGAGAGCUCCAGGAAGAGAACGAUUCUUUGUCAGUACAAGUUAUGGACAAUAUAUCUGAGGCUGAUAAUCUUAAAAAGGAAUUAGAUAACUUAAAAGAUGAAAACAGUAAACUUUUACACGAAUAUGAAAAGUUGAAACACUUAACCAAUGAAAUUGAUUCAAAGGUAAAUGGCGCAUGUCCACAAUGUGAAGUGAAAGAAGAGCUAAUAAAACAGCUACAGAGUAAACAAACUGAGCACUCCAAGCUGAACAGAAGCUUAAGUGAUUCAGACAGUUCAUCGCGACAUAAUAAAAUAUGUACAUUGCAAAAUGAACUACAUGCUAGCAAGGAGGACUGCAAAAAGAUUACCGAAGAAGUCGUUACUCUUAAAAAUCAAUUAGAACGUAGCAAUAUUUCGAUAGGUCAAGCCAUGGACCUUGACGAGAGCAUGGGUGACUCCAACAUAUUCACGUUCACCAAAGACUUCGAUACAACUGAAACUGCCAAAUUCAGAUGCAGCGUCCCAGAAGAACGACCUUCAGAUGUCUAUACUAGCGAUAAAAUAGAAUGCUUUAAUUAUUACGUAGAAAUGACUGACGCUGGUAAAGAAAACCUUGACAGUGAUGUUAAAAUAAUUGAUCUGAUGAAACUGUUUUACAAUAAACUUAUAACAAAACAUGGGAAUGAAGUGGAGAAUCUAUUAAAUAAGUUAAGAGAUUACGAAGAGUUAAAAUGUAAACUGCAAUCGCAAGUUAAUAGCGCAAAUGAUAAAUAUGCCAAAGUUACUAUUGAAUUAGAAAAAAGUCAAGAAAAUGUCGCGCUUCUCAGAAAUGUGCUAUCUAAAGUCAGAUAUAAUAUUAGUACUAUAAAUCAAGAAAUGUCUAAUGUUGUUGAUGCAGAUAAAAAUACAAAACUUGUUACCUUGUUCAAAGAAAAUUUACUCAGAACACUUGACUUUGAGUUUGGUUUGACAUCUGUGAAUAUUUUUGAAUCUCUAAUUGAUAAUAUUUACAAUAAACAUCAAAAAGACUUGUCGGCAAUUAUGGAACAAUACACACAAUUACAAAGUCACAUGGAAAAUGUUGUUGCCGAAUUUAAUACUCUCAAUGAAAAUAUAAAAGUAAUGAAAUCGCAACUAUCUAAUAAAGAAAGCGAAUACAAUCUACUGAAAGCCCAGAAAGAAAGACUGUUUGAAAUCAGUAAUGCUGUUACAUUAGACAUGGUACAAAAAGAAAAAGAAUUGACAAAAAUAUUAGCCGAUGGUUGCACAAAACUUGCCAAACUAGAUAUUAUAUCACCUUGUGAUAUUGAUGAAACUCCUUCACUAGAUGAAAAAAUAAAAUUACUCUUUGAAAGUCUUAUCAAUGGUACCAACAAAAUAGUUGAAAUUCAAAAUACAAUACAAUAUCUAACAUUGGAAGUAGAUAACUUAAAGGUUACCGUCGAAGAAAAAGAAAAAAUGGCGAGUGAGUUGAAUAAUCGAAUAUUAGAAAUCGAAGGCAAUUUACAAACUCAAACAGCACUUCACGAGGAUUUGACCAAAAUCUACGAAAACAAAAUUGAAGAAAACAAAACUAAUGUUCAUACUAUUUCAAUAUUAACAAAAGAAAUUGAAAUUCUAAAACAUGAAGUUAAUGAAAAAGAAAACUUGAUUUACAGUUUAGAAAACCAAGCCACACAUCACAAAGAUGAUGCGAUAUUUUCUAAAGACGCUGAUUGGAAGGAGCUUCUUGAGAAACUAGAAUCUUUGAAACAGGAUUAUGACAAUAUGAAAUCUAUUAAUGAAUUAAUCACCAAAGAGAGAGACACACAUGCUGCGGAGUUGGAAAAAGCACAAGAAAUUAUUCGUAAAAAUAAAAUAGAAAUGGAUAAGAUGACUUCAGACAUUUUAGUGCUAAGGGAGUCUGUGAACGACAAUGUUUGCAUAAUAGAGACUCUGACAUUGGAGGCUAAGUCGUUGAUGGAGCAGAACAUUCAACUGAAACAGCAGUUCAAGGACAAAACUCAUGACUGCGCGCGGUUAGAAAUAAACAUUAAAACUCACGAGAAAACAGCGGAGAUUCAGAGCAAGAUGAUUAUGAGACUUCAAAAACAAAAGGAGGAAGACGACAAAUCGGCUGCUGAGAGAGAUAAGCGUUUGAAGGAGCUUACUGAGAAGUACGAUGCCUUGCAGAAAGAAUGUGAGAUGAUGAAAAACGAUCUUAAGGCGGCUAGAGAGGAUGUGGAGCGGCUGAAGAACAUCAAAGAAUCUUUGGAUACUCGAGUAUUGGAGCUAGAAGCGUCUCUGGACGGCAGCUCGCGGCGGCGGCUGUCAGACGCGGCGGAGAGCGCGCGGCGUCGCCGGCAGAGCCUGCACGAUUCCAAGCGAACCUUCGCAGUCGACAAACUGGACAAUGAUGAUCACAAUAAGAUAGAAGCGGUGUUCGGAUCUCGCGCCAAACCGGACGACCUGUUUAUGGAUGUGGAUGAAGAACAGUACAGCUCCAAUCGCAGCACUCCCGUCAGACUUAGCAGAGGACGCGACAGUUUCGUAAGCCGACAAGAUCAUAGCGACAAGGAUGAAGAAUCAUCCCGUCCAAACAGCGUGACAAUGACCCGGCGACGUCGCCAGAGCACGCACGACUUGCACCGUAGCCUCUUACGUCACACGCCAUCGCCUAGCGGUCGCGCCUCAAUCGGAUUAAUAGAAGAAGGAGGUACAAAACCUACAGAUUCUAGCAACAGUAUCAGCGAAGUAUCCCAACUCCGCGAACAGCUAGCCUCCUGUCAGCAAGAGCUGGAGGAGUUAAAGGAUCAGUAUCGCGAGUUAGACGAGGAGUGCGAGACCUGCGCACAGUACCUGCGCGAGCGAGAGGAGCAGUGCCGCGCGCUCAAGAAGGAGAAGACGGCGCUCGAGAUACAAGUAGCAGAAUUGAAUGAAAAAUUGAAGUCCGGAGUAAAUCACAACCAGAGUGAGGCAAAAUCUAACUACGCAAAUGCUUCUGUUAACACCGAUGAGGACUGGGCGAACCUCCACUCAGUGGUAGUGGACCGCAUGUCCUUCGACGCCGAGGUGGAAAAGAACAAGAAGCUGAUCCGCACCAUCGAAGAACUGCGCUGCAACAAACAGGAGCUGAAGAACACUGUUGCUAAGAUGCAGCGAGCGCUCGAAAAGAAUGCUGGCUACAGGGAAUCUAAAGAGCUAGAAGCAACGAAAGCGGAGCUGACAUCGUGUCGGCAACAGCUAACUGAGCUGCAGGAGCGGUACAGAGAGCUGGACGAGGAGUGCGAGACAUGCGGACAGUACCUCAGAGAACGCGAGGAACAGUGUCGCAAGCUGAGAGAAUCUAAACACGCGCUCGAGGCAAAAUUGCAAGAGCUACAGGAAGAGACUGGCGGCGCCCAUGCGGCGGCGGCGCGGCGCAAACGACAGAGCCUGCACGACCAGAACCGCCGCGACACCCGAGCUGACGCCUCCACCGAUACCAGUGAUGAUUUGCUAAGUUACCAAGUAGAACGUGACGAAAGCUCGUUAAAGGCGAACAACGCACAUGCGCAAGAAUUGAAACGAGUUAAAACUGCAUUAGACAAGGUGUUGCGUGAAAAGGCGGCACUAGAGAACCAGCUACUAGCAGCCAUGCCCAAUAUUAACCCAACUAUGUUUGUGGCUACCGGCAGCGCUAUCGUACAGAACCAGCAGAUAACUGACGUCAUGAAAGAAAACCAAAAGUUGAAGAAGAUCAACGCGAAGCUAAUAACGAUUUGCAAGAAACGCGGCAAGUCGCACGACGCGAACAGGGAGAACGAGGAACCCUCUGAUCUCGGCUGAUAACCUCGUCUCUACCGUACAAAUUAUCUGUGUGUUCAAUCAUUUGAUAUUUUAGGCCUGUUUUGGGAUAAUUACGUAACGAACGAAGCUAUUACCUCAAUUUAAAUGUAGCUAGCCUAUUACAAACAUAUUUGUAUAAAUUAGCGGUAAAAAUCAUUGAAACAAAAGCUGGACUUGAUUAUGAAAAUUAAUUUAUGGUUAUCUACCAAAGACAAUGACUGUACCGCGUAUGUUUUACUGUAUCUUUUAAAUAUCCAGUGUGUGAAUUCAUUGAUUAUGUUCAUACGCAUUAUUUCUUAAGUAGUUCUGUAAUUGUCUUUGGUUGUGUAAUUUUGAUAUAAGGGUCUGUAUCUUACAAAGUUGAUACGCAUAGAGGCUGUUAUGAUCGGUGAAGACCACACGAAUGGGGUCCAAAUGUAAGGAAAUGAUAAUACUCAUUGUUUUGUUUAUUAUUUUUAACUAAAAGAUCACAGACAACAGCCGUGAGACAAUAUCGUCAUUAUUUCGCUCAAUUGUAUUAGAAGUCUUGCAAUAUUUUUUAAUUUGUUUUUUCAUAUUAAAAUAUUUGGUGAAUUAAUUUUGCAUGUGAACAAAAAUUAGUUACAGAUUUUAGUUUAUAAGUUCGCACCAAGGUAAGCAAGGUCCAAAUGAAGACUGAUGUAGGUACCGUUGCCAUUCCAAAAGCAUUUACUGGUAUAUCGUGAUUGUGAGUAUUGGUGCCAUUGUAAAUAUGAAGGGAAACACACAUUGCCAGAAUAUACAUGUGGAAACAAUUGGCAAAUUGACAGUUUUUGGAUAAGUAUUUUAAAAUUACAAUUGAUUAUUAUAUACCUCUUGAAAUAUUUUAUUGCCUCAAAAAAGCUAUACUAGAAAAAAAACAUUUUUCUUCAAUUAUUUAAAAUUUCGCGCGGAAACGAUUGGUCACGUGACAUUUUGCCCAGUGACGUCACUUUUUUUUUUUUUGUUUUGGUUUUCCCCGAAGGGUAAGGCAAAGGGAACUAUGCCCAUACAGCCAUGUCUGACGUAUUUUUUUCUUGAUGAUUAAUGAAAUGAUGAAAGGUGAUGAUGAUGAAACCUAAGCCCCCACCCACGGAGUAGACUCCUACUCCGAACCCCAAACGAAUUAACUCAAAAGUCCGCAUAAACUUUUGAGUUAUGAAGCGGCUUCCUGACACGAAGCGAAAAUAGGCAGAUACACUUUGUUUAUUGAAUACUCCAAUAUAAUAACACUCGCGAAUGUCUUCCGACUAACUUAAUGCGAUCAUUAACCACAAAACACCACUUCGUAUUAAUUAUUUAGAUUAUUCAAUGAAGAAAGCAACUGUCCCGUUCCCGUCUCCCGCCAAAAAGCCCCAGUGACGUCACAUUUCAACAAACAAAACUGUCAAACAGUGUAACUUCAAACGAGACAGAUUUUGUUUAUGUCAUGGCUGCCCGUAUUUCGGGUUUUGUAAUACCCAGAUAAAACACCGCAUUUUUAUUUUGUAUAAAUAAAAUAUUCAAAAAUUAUCUUAAUUAAAAGAAUCUGUUGGAUAAUUAUCGUUAAAUGGUAAACUACCAUAUCCGACAUAUUUCAUAUUUUGUUACAACUGUCAAGUAACCAAUUAUAUUGUUCCAUAUUAGUCAGGCGCUUACACUACUUCGUGAGAACAUUUUUCGUAGUCCGCCAAAGGGAUGUGUGUUGCCCGAGAAUUAGAUUAACACAAUAGAUAGUAUUUUUUAAUUGUACUUAAAGUUUGCGACAUGAGGUGCCUAUAAUGUAUUGUAUAGUAUUAGUUAUUUUAAAUAAUAAUAUAAUACGUCAAUGUUCCUUAUUUCAUUCAAUAUAAUUUAAUGCACAAUGUUAAAGCACAAAUAUUAACUGACGUAUAGCAUAAUAUUUAUGUAUUGAUCUUUACUAAACACUAUCUCAUUGCUAAAGGUGCCUGUGCUAAAUUAAAAGUAACUUGAUUUUUA